AUCUCAUCAUCCAUUUUUCAUCCAGGUUUUGAGUAUACGACUUGGCCACGACGAGCUAAUCAUGAGUCCAGGAGCCUGUGAUAUUGCCUGCUUCCUCAUACAGCCGGCUAAAGCCCUCCAGGAGCUGUACCUUCUGGUUCGGUCCCACGGCAUCAACCACACGUUUGUAGUGAGGCUGUUGGAAAUCAAUCCCCUUUCAAAACUGAAGAUUUUGAUAGCAGAUGCACCAAGGAGGACUUUAGCAGCCCCCAUGUUAGAGCUGACCUUCGAAACGGCCUAUCUUGUCAUCAAUAACUGUCCGUCUAUUCAACUCCUCGGGAACCUUAUAUGCUGGAGUGUCACUUCCACUCAGGUAGCAGAGUUACGUGCUGUGAUACGAAUGUGCAACUAUAACCUUACCGUCAUUCACACACAGUCCAACAAGCUGAACAACAAGCACUUCUAAGCUUAAUAAGGGGGAGAUUUUUGACUGUAGUAUAAAUUCAAUACAGAUGUCAAAUACUACACACAAAAAAAAAUAUAUAUAUAUAUAUGAAAGAACUGGUUGUUGUACAGAAAAAAAAAACAGAAAAGAAAAGAAAUUAGUCUAUGCAUAGCAGAGGUAUCAGAGUUAAUUCUUGUAUUAUAAUAUUAAUUUUCAUCUUGACUUAGUCACAUAUUAAUUUUAACUUGUUCACUUGUCUUAUCAUGUUUCAUUGUCAUCAUUAGUUUGAGUUAGACAUGGAAAGGUUUUGCUUAUUGGUCACACAUCAAUUAGAGAAUGACAGAUUGAGAAGCAGAAGAUUGAUGAGGAAGACAAGUAUAUCAAGUAUUUUUAGUUGUGGCUUUUGCUGUGCAUCUGGCUUAAAUAUUAUUGAUUUGAGAAGGUUAGUCCUUUUUUUCUAAUUGGGAAUGUACAAAUGACGUUCCAGUUUCAGAUUAUUUUUCCAGAGUAAUAUUAUACAGUACAAGUGAUUAUGAUAAAUGGUGGAAGAGAGUAUUACAGAAGCACACAUACAUCAGGGUUUGUAGGGGUCCUGGAGAAUCCUAGAAAUUCAUGGAAAUUAAAAUUGAAAUUUCCAAACCUGGAAUGUCAUGGAAUUCUGUUUCAAAGUCUAGAAAUUAAUGGAAAUUUAGUAUUUGUGUUUUUGAACAAUUAAAAAGCCUGAUCCAUUAUAAGCAACUAGUCACUGAAGUGUCAAUUAAGGACACUCACAUGUCAUUACUUAAAUCUUUCAUAUUUGACAUCUAUUUUAAAUUACAGUCAUUGUACAUGUUGUAAUAGGAUGUAUGUAUUGUGAAUAUGUAUCAAUUGUUCAAGGAAAACUGUGAAAAGAGUUAUGGAUAGAUGCCAAAACCUCUCAGGAAAGUCAUGGAAUUUUGAUACCAAAAAAGUGUACGAACCCUGAUGCAUGCAUACAUACACAAAUAGGGGACAAGUACUAUUUUUCUUUGAAAACCCACAGAAGUAUAUUUGCAAAUGAUAAUUUUUUUUCUAUAAUUUCCACUAAAGGUCUUCAAAAAGGAAAUAAGAUUUUUAUAGUGCAAAGUAUGUUCCAUACAGAGUUAUGAGAGAUUUAUUUUUCAUUGAUCAUGUACGUUUAUAAAAGUGCCCGUGUGUUUCUGUGUGUUAGCAUCAAAGGAGACAAGAUGUGUAUACUCUUAGUUGCAUGAGAAUUUUUGCACAGUCAAGUUGUAUUUAUUUUUUUAUUUCUAGACUAUAGAUAAAUGAAAUAUUAGGCCAUCCACCAGUAUUAUUCUUUGAGUAUCAUGUGAUCAUUCAUCUAACAGGUACUUGGAUAUAAAAGCUGGUUUAACUGCAUUUCAGCAGUUGCACAUAGGAAAAGUAUAAGUCCCAUUUCUACUAGCUCAAUUUAUCGAUAGUUACUUCCGUUUGCUUCUGUGAUUUUUAUUAUCUUUGUUUUCUCCUUCUCUUUCUGUUUCUUUUUCUUCCUAAUAUUUAUCCUUUUUUUAUGAAAUUCCUAAUGAAAUUAGUUGGUCUUUGAGGUAAGUGUUAAUGCUCUCUAACUAGAAACGAGUUACCAGCAAGGAUGGUGAAACUUUAUAUAAAUCAUAGAGGUGCAUUUUGAAGUAUAGCAUUAGUAUUAAAAGCACUUUAUUUGAAAAAGUAUAAAAAAUUACAGAUUCUGUUGUUUGUGUUGUUUUUAAGUUGUGUUGCAAUUUUACUUGAUUUUAUGAGUGUUUAUUAUCAGUAUUUACAGUAAAACAAAUGCAAAUCAUGUUUCAUGCUGACCAUUGAAAUAUAUUACUUAGAGGUAUAUAAAACAUAUGACAUCUUUCUUCAGCAGUCUUUGUGUGAACUUUUUUUUGUAAGAGUUGAAGGUGACUUUACUUUCCAAACAUGACGAGGUUGUAACUGAAUUAUUAUUUCAUACAAGCAUCAUUGUGUUAUUGAGUUACAUGAGUUACUUUUAUUUGUUAAUUUCACAUGAUAAAAUGUUUGCAAAAAUGGCUAGUGAAAUUUUUACAGUAUGUUAUGUGAUAUUGAAUUAUAUUUAUUGUUUUACAUACAUUUUUCUUCUUUUUUCUUUGAAGAAAACAUGGUUGAUACAAAUGAAAGAUCAGUCUUUCAACAAUACUGAAUAAAAGAAAUGUAUAUUUAUGUCACUACUCUGAAUAUUCCAAAAUUUUAUCUUUGAUUAGAACAAAGAAGAGAAAAAAAAAUAAUGAUUAAAAGGACAUGAUUCUAAUUAGUACUAAAAAGUAUAACCCAUCGGGCAUGCCCAUAGAUAUGAGAUAAUAAGAUGGUGUAAGACUAAGGUUUGAACAGCUAAGGUGUAGCACAAAUUUUGCAUGUUAGAUUGUUUAAAGUCAAGAACUGAAUUUCAUCCUGCAUAUCAGUUAGCAGUGGAGAAGGAGCAGCAAAUAAUGAAUUCUCCCUAAUCUAGAAUUGGUGUCAGUCUUGGUUCCUUUGAGAAAUGUAAGGUAUAAAUCUGAAAAGGAAUUUUGAACUCACAUUAAGAAGAAAAAAUUAUUUAUUUGCAAAUUUAUUUGCAAAAUUUGUGAAGAACAUUAUCCCAGACAGCCAUAUAUGGAAGGGAUAAAAUAAAAUAUGGAUCUUUUACCUGAGAUAAUAAGUGCAAAUAGAACAAGGAUAAAGAAGAUUUAUAAUCAGUUUUAAAUUAUUCGGGUGUUAUCAGUAGCCCCCUCAGACAUUACUCUGGGAAAAGUCAAGUUUGUUUCUACAUGAAAUCAACACAUUCAUAUUUUUGGAAGACUGAAAUAAGUCUUUGCCUACAUAGAAAUGGAAUACAUGGUUGAAAUUAGCAUCACACAGACCCUGUCCAUGAUACUGGGCAGUACUCAAUGGGUCAUACCUUCAUUAGGCAAGUUAUUUUGGACUACUGUGGUGUCCACUCUGCUAAAGACAUUGAUUUUGAAGUUAUAUCAAACAAUAUGUGAUCAUGGAAAAAAUGGUGUUGUGAGGCAUAUUAUUUGCUUAUGUGUAAAAAACAUAAACCUGUUGAAAAUGAAAUUAUAUGAUGUUUUAGCAAGCUUCUAAAUAUGGUCUGUGUCAUUUGUCUAACAAAUGUCAGAAAGCAUGUGGUGAUAGGCUUAAUUUUCAUUAGUAAUUAUUAUUAAUGCUGUAAUUCUGAGAACCAUUGACAUGUGAUGGCAUGUUAAGUAAUGUUUUUAUAUUUAUUUAUUUAUUAUUAUUGUAUUUUUUUACUACAAUUGUAAUAUACACUUUGAGCAAGGUCAUACAAAGUAAAUGUGUAUGAAAAUUGGGGUCAAACUCAGGAGCAUGGGGUGUGGGAUAAAGGACAAGAAGAGAUAGGCUACAAAUGACAUGUACUGUCUGUUUUUUCUCAACCCAAAUAGCAUUUUAUGGUUUCAGUGUUUCCUUUCCUGUUGAAUUUUAGUUAAAUAGCAUUUCUAAAACUACCUGUGAAAGUAAAUAUGGAAGAUGAUAGAUUUAUGAUAUGAAAAUUUACCUUAUUUUUCCUUUUUCUGAAGGAGACAAAGAAAACUUAUUUGACUAGAAUCAACCAUUGGUAGCCAUUGAGAAUGUCCAGAAAAAAAAUAGCCAGGGAUUAGGAACAGAAGAAUAAGUGUAUCUGUUCCAUCUACUGCUCUAUCAACAAAUAGGCUGUCUCUGAGAGUGGCCUAGGGUGAAUUAUAGUGAGAAUCAUUUUUGCAAAAUAUACUGAAAGUAUCAGCAAAUGAAAAAAUAGUCACUUCUUUAGGCUUUUGGGAUGAAUAGAAUGUGGAUGUUGAUAGGUACAAAGCAGGAUGCCAUGUGACAAAUAUUUAAAUAAAGAGGACGAUGUCUGGAGAAAAUGAAAAAGAGGGAAAGUGAGACACUAAAUGUGAAAGAAAAUGAUGCCUCAGAGGCUUUUAUAUAAUAUGCAAGAUAAGAUAUUGUUAUUCAGUGUUGUAUAUGGAUUUUGAUUGCUGUAUUGCAAGGAGACAUGGUUGACUUACUUUUGAAGUAGGACUGGGACAUAAUGCAUAAAUUUAUUUUAAGAAUUUAUUUAUAGAUGAUGAAACUUAAUCUCUCUCUCAUUUCUCUCUCUCUCUCUCUCUCUCUC